CGACGCUCAUUUCAUUUUUCUAAAAUAAACACGUUAACGUUAAAAAAAAAUAACCUCAACAACCUCGAAAGGUUGGCUAACUACCGCACGCUGCACCCAUGGCGUCUCCGCUCAAAGUUUGCAUUGUCGGAUCCGGAAACUGGGGCUCAGCCAUUGCUAGGAUCAUUGGAAAUAAUGCCAGGUCACUGCAGCGUUUUGCAACCACAGUGAAGAUGUGGGUGUUUGAAGAAAAUAUUAAUGGCCGAAAACUCACUGAUAUUAUAAACACUGAGCAUGAGAAUGUCAAGUACCUGCCUGGAUACAAACUGCCGGAUAAUGUGGUGGCUGUUCCUCAGCUCCGUGAUGCUGCGGAGGGAGCAGACCUUCUGGUGUUUGUGGUGCCCCACCAGUUCAUCAGAAAACUGUGUGAUGAGUUGAUGGGCUGCGUUCCAACCAAAGCUCGGGGAAUCACACUAAUAAAGGGCAUAGAUGAAGGUCCUGAGGGCCUCAAGCUGAUAUCUGACAUCAUUAGAGAGAAGAUGGGCAUUGAUGUCAGUGUUCUCAUGGGUGCAAACAUUGCCAAUGAAGUAGCAGCUGAGAAGUUCUGCGAAACUACUAUCGGCAGUAAAAUUCUGGAGAAUGGGCAACUUUUCAAAGAGCUCCUGCAGACUCCCAACUUCCGGAUCACAGUAGUGGAUGAUGCAGAUACUGUGGAGUUGUGCGGAGCUUUGAAGAACAUUGUGGCGGUGGGUGCAGGUUUCUGCGAUGGACUGCGUUGCGGCGACAACACCAAGGCGGCUGUGAUUCGUCUAGGCCUGAUGGAAAUGAUAGCUUUCGCCAAACUCUUCUCUAAGGAUGACACGGUUUCCACAGCAACCUUCUUGGAGAGUUGCGGUGUCGCCGACCUUAUCACAACCUGCUAUGGCGGCCGCAACCGACGGGUGGCAGAGGCUUUUGCCACGACAGGGAAGACCAUUGAGGAACUGGAGAAGGAGAUGCUGAAUGGUCAGAAGCUCCAAGGUCCUGCCACUUCAGCUGAGGUUUACCACAUACUCAAGCAGAAGGGACUGGUGGACAAGUUUCCUCUUUUUUCAGCGGUCUAUCGCAUUUGUUUUGAGGGCAAACCAGUCCAGGAGAUGAUCUCUUGUCUGCAGAGCCACCCAGAGCACAUGUGACAACUGGCAUGAUGAAGCCAUGGUCCUUUGUUGUGCUAAAAUGAAAGUAGCAAAAGUAUGUUCAAAAUUUGCACUCUGUUGAUGGUUAUUGUAAUUUGAUCAAAUAGUGUAUAUUCCACUUCAUUGGCUGAGCGAUCUUACACUAAAACAAUCUUUUUUUUUUUUUAAUGCAAAGAAGUGGACACACAAAGGACUAACCAAUCACAUGAGUACAUAUGAAGCUUGACUAACAGAUGACAAAACUACAGAUUUGGGUUGCCUUUUGUUUUUGUAAGCAUUUUAUUACAGGAUCAUUUUGUGCAUCCUUACAAGGGGUAUUAGGACUAAAACAAUAAAAACAUGUUUGUCAGUAUGCUGCAGUAAGGUUUAUUAGUUUUUAUUUUUGUAGCAUCAUUCAAAUCCACUUUUUGUUUAGAGAUGAGAGUUUGUUUAAGCACAAAUUGUCAGUUAUCACUUCCAGUUCAAUUCUCAAAUACUCAGGUCUGGAUGAAAGCUAUAAAACCUCAGUCUUUGGUUCACUGACUAAAAAUGAAGCAUUUAAAAGCUUGUUUUGUAAAAAGGAAUUGUCAUCAUAAAUCCUUCACAAUCUGUACACGUCCAAAUGUAUCUUUGAAUCAUUUUGUUACAGAAUUUUCAGGCAGGUUGUGUACCAGCACCGCUAAUUCACAAACUCUUCUGUUUAAGGCCAUUAAUGCACCAGCUCUUAAUCCACUGCCAUGCAGAUGGUGCAUAGUAAUUUUCUGGAUGUAUUUUGUUAGUGUGCCGAUCGAAAUAACUUCAAAGAAGCCAUUUUGAUAUCAAAGGAGAUAUUAUGUAUUAUCUGUCUCAUUAGGAUGUGCAUUUAUUUGCCUUUACUGCUUCUUGGGAAAUCAGUGUUUCAAUGUUGCCUGGUGUAAAAUCCAUCUUAACAACAAAAAAUACAGUACCACUUGUUAUUGAUUCAACUUUUGCCUUUAUUACAGAAAUGUUCUCGAGCUUUUAUUUUUCAAUAGUUUCUCUGGCCAUGUUUAUGUGCAGAAUAAAAUAUACAAAUGUA